UGUUGUUCGUCAACAUGUCCGCUGUCUUCUGUCUUUAAUUAAACACAUAAGCGCUGCUAAAGAGCGCUGCGUUAAAACGUAAUCCAUCUGAACCUGGGCGCGCGCUAUUGGAUGAGCAUCUGGCGCGCGUCUCCGCCUUUCUCAUCAUUCUGAGCGCUCGCGCCCGCUGCUGAUGCGUGCGACGGGACGGUCUCGCGCCCCGCUGUCCCUGCUCCCUGUCUUUCUCCCUGACAGAAACCGAAGAUUAACCACAAACACAACAAUGGGAGGGUUUAACGCGUAGCAGCCCCUCGCUCCAUUUUAAUAGAAUUUAAAGCGUCGUGUUUGGGUUCAUUCCCGGUGAAAAUGGCGACGGGGGCAGGCUGGCAGCCUCCGUACAACACCUCGACUAGCAACACCAAAUAUACCCCCUCUCCAGCGUCCAGCAUGUUUUACGACGGGAGUUUAACGCUGGAAUACACGCAAGACCUGCAUCUGAAGAUGAGCAAGAAGAUAGCACAACUGACCAAGGUAAUUUAUGCCCUCAACACCAAGAACGACGAACACGAGGAAGAAAUUGAGUCUCUGAAGGAAGCCCACGAGGACGAGGUCCAACACAUUGUGACAGAAACCAGAGACAAGAUCAUGCAGUACAAGAGCAAGAUGGCGGACGAGGCGGACCUGAGGCGGCGGCUGGCCAGUCUGGAGGAAUCUGUUGAACUCCACGAACACAUGAAGAGACAGGCUUUAGCAGAGUUUGAGAUGUACAGACAGAGAAUGGAGGACUCCCAGCUCUGCACCGAGGCCCAGCACACACAGAGAGUGGUUUCUAUGAGCAGAGAGGUGGAGGAGAUGCGUCGGGAUUUUGAGGAGAAGCUGCGGGCGUUCAGCCAGGCUCAGGCCCAGUUUGAGGCGGAUAAGCGGCGAGCGCUGGAGGAGCUGAGGGCCACCCACCGCCAGGAGGUGGAGGAACUCCUCAACAACCAGCAGAACCAGAGCGCCUCCUCCACCGAAGACCAGGAGAAACUGGCCGAGCUCCAUAGACAAGAGGUGGAGGCACUGAUGGAGAGGGUGGAGGAGCUAACAAAGGAUAAGGUCCGUCUGGUGGAGGAGUAUGAGGCAAAGCUGGCCAAGGCACAGGAGUAUUAUGAGAGAGAGCUGGAGGCCAUGAGGAGAACACACCAGCUCACCACUGAGAACCUGCUGGCCUGGAAAAGGACCGAGGUUGAGCUCCGUAAGGAGUUCCAGGCUCAAGAGGCAGCGCUCCAGCGCUCGCUGUCCAAGCUGAGGAGUGAGCUCCAGAAAGCUCAGGAGGAGGCCAGAGAGAACCGAGACAAGACCAACAGACUGCAGACGUCGCUCGCCAACGCAGAGGGAACCAUCAAGAACCUGCACAAGCAGCUGGAGGAAGCCAUCCAGGACGGAGAGAUCUGGGUGAUGCAGCUGAAGGACACUGAGUAUGAACUGGAGGGCAGCAGGGAACGAGUUCAACAGCAGGCAACUGAAAUCCUCCACAAAGCCAGUCAGAUCGGCUCUCUGCAGGCCACCCAGAUGGCCCAUGAAGCGACCAUCAGGAACCUGGACCAGGAGCAGAAUCGGCUGAAGGAGAAGAUCAGCAGGCUGGAGGAGGAGAGGGAGUCUCUGCUCAACCAGAGCCAGGCCGCCAACGAACAGCACAAACAGCAAGUGCUCAAGCUAGAACAGUCUCUGCGUGAGGAGCACCAGGGCUACGAGAAGGAGCUGACCAGACUCAGAGCGCACUACGAGGAGGAGACGCACCGCUUCAAGGAGGCGCAGGUCAGAGCGCUGGAGGAGCUGGAGGAGAAACACCAGACCAUGAGGGAGGAGGCCCAGCAGGAGAAAGAGGAGGAGAAGAAACUCCUCAUGACUAAAAUGAGUCAGGAGUUUGAGAUCAAGCGUCUGUCCUUGGAGGAGCAGCGAGACCGUCUCCAGCAGCAGCUGGACAACCUGAAGGAGGAGCUCUCGGCCAAACUCAACAUGGCCAACCAGGAGGUGUCCCACCUCCAGGAGCUGGUGAGGGAGGGGCAGCAGAACCUGGGCUCGGCUCAGACGCAGAUCACCUGUCUGAAGGAGACUCAGGAGAAACUCAAGAUAGAGCUGGAUGCAACUAGAGCACGAGUGCGAGAGACCAGUAACCUGCUGACUGACCUGCAGGAGGAAAUCGAGACUCAGAAACAGCAGCAUGAAGCCAGAGUGAUGUCCAUCAGAACGGAGGAGAAACAGAAGAUGGACAAGAUGGCAGACGACUUGGACCAGAAGUGGAGAGAUGCACUACGGGAAGAAGUGCGUUUGUUGAAGGAGGAGUUGAACGAGGAGUACGAAGCGGACAAACAGGCAGCGCUGACUCAGCUCUCCCAGCAGAAAGAACUGGAAAUGAUGGCAGCAAGAGAGGGCUGGCAGAGGAAGGUGGAGGACCUGCUGGAACAGAUCUCUCUACUGAAACAGUCCCUGGAGCUGCAGUUGUCUCAGUCGCAGUCAGCUCUCCAGCAGCUGCAGUCUCAGUUCAACCAGGAGAGAGAGCUGCUGAGCCAACAGCUCAAAGAGAUGCAGAGAGAGCAUCAGAGGAGAGAGCAUCGAUUACAGGAGGCUCACUGCUGCGCCCUCAGCACCAUGGAGGAGGCCAGGCAACACCAGAUCAGAGCCCUGGAGGAGCGUUUGAAGCAGGAGCAGAGGGAGGAGGUCCACGCUCUGAAGGAGGCCCACAGGAGGACCUUAGAGAUCCUGAGGCAGCAGUCGGACCAGGAGCUGCAGACGCUGCGAUUUGAACUGGAGGAUGAGGGCAAAGCAAAGCUGGCCUCUCUCCGUGCAGAGCUGAACCACCUCCAUGCUACAGCAAUAGAGCAUCUAAAGCAGAUUCACCUUAAAGAAAACAGUGCCGCCAAACGAGAGCUAGAGAAGGCUAUGGAGCACAGCCACCAGCAGGAACAAGAGCUCCUGGUCCGCAUCUCAGACCUGCAGGCGGAGGUGUGUUCCCGUAGCAACCGCAUCACCGAUCUGGACCAUGAGAUCCACUCUCUGAACGAGACCAUCGACACUCUGACCAGAGAGCUGGAGCUGAAGGGCAAAGAGGUGCUGCGGGUCCGGAGCGAAGCUAACCAUCAGAUAAGGGCCCAUGAACAAGACCUUGCAAAGAGACAUGAGAGGGACCUGGGGGAGCUAAGUGCCGUCCAUCACAGAGAAACACAAAUCAUGCUGGCUGACUUCAACAAGGCGCAGGAGGUCCUCAAAGACAAGAUCUCUGCUCUGCAAAUACUGCUGGAGGGGACAGAGGAGAAGUUAAGGAACAGAGAAAGUCGACCAGAGGACCUGCAUGUUAUAGCAGAGCUCAGAGAGAUGGUCACCGAAAGAGAAGCUCUGGUUAAAAAGUUGGUGGACGACAAAAAGUUUUACCAGUUGGAGCUGGUCAACAGAGAGACAGGCUUCAACAAGGUCUUCAAUUCCAGUGCCAAUGUCGGUGUCAUCAACCCUCUAAUCAAGCCUUCCUGAGGCCAAUGUUGCGACACCAACACACCCGAGGGGGAUGGAGGCAGGAAAAAGUAAAGAAUACGUGGCAAAAGAAGAGGAGCUGUACUCCCAGUACUUCUCUUUCUGACUGGCAAAAAAAAUCCCAAUUCUGUCAAAAAAAUGAAGUAAUGGGACAGAGAGCUAAAGUUGGACAGCGAUCAAACUGCAGGUUUUGAAAGUCAUUUGGGCAACAUUCAUUUCAAACUUGUGUUGCUAAUCACAUCAUCUGCAGUACUGGGAUUCCAGUGUGAUUAAAAAUUAAUUAAAAAAAUGUAACUAAAACCCAACAGUGUAAAUAUAGAAAAAAGGUGGUGUGGAGAUACUGAAGAGGUUCGCUUGCAGCUCUUUAGAGACCCUAGUUAAGUUAAGACCCAAGUUGUAAUACAACUAAAUCAUCCUUAAAGUAACAAUAGCCAGUGAAUCUACUGUGUCAGUAGCAUGAAAAUUUCAGAAACAUUCUCAGACCUCUGUGAAAUAAUUCCCCUGAUGAUGUCUGAUCACUGUGGCCCAGUGUGUCAGUUUAAAGUGUGUUAGUGAGUUGCAUACUGUAGAUUAAGAGGAUAUGGUUUAACUCCAUAUUAGCUGAGUUUUUCUUCUUUGUUCAUCAACAUGUGUCUUACAAGCUGUGAUCUGACUGGAAGUGCUUUGAAAGUUCAGCCAGGACAAACUGAUAUUUGCCUUGAUAAUCGCCUUUAGUCUUUCAUGCUGUGGGCUCCCCUGCAGUAUAAAUAUGUAUUUCUCAUUCAGACAUGUAUUUGAGGAAAAAAGGACAGACCUAGCUGCUGAUUCUGGUUGUUUUUUUGGCCUCUACGGUACGAUAAAUUACAGUAUACCACAAUAACGACACCAGCAAAAAAUGACUAACUUUAGCUUGCUGUCCCAGUGCUUUGACUGUGUACAUACAGUAAAUGUUUGAAAGUCAUUUUCAAAUCUCUGAGCUACCUGAGGGGCGCUUGAUUUACAAUUCCAGACACCUCAAUAGUCUCAGGAGGGGAAACAUCAAGACAAACUGAAUCAAGCACCCCUCAUAUUUUUAUUAUUCUAGUAUUUAUAAUCUAACAAGCUACUGUUUUUCUACGGUCUGUUUGUGAUGCCAGUGGACCAGGGACAUACAGAGAAAGAGUUCUGUCAGCGACAUGUGGACUUUUUUUAAUGCCAAGGAGGGUUUAGUCAAACACUUAAUUUCAUUACAAGCUAGGAGUUCAUGUCGUUGACCGAACUCUUUUGCUACGUGUCUCUGCCUGUGGGGCAGACCUUAGAGCAUGUGAAAACAGAAACACUAUCAUAAUGCUGCUGUCACUCACUUGAAUCCUCAUAUCUCCGGUUUUUGGUGUACUGUCUGUUUUUUAACUUGGCUCUAAAGUUUACAUAGUUCUUGUGUAGAGUAGUUUUCAUGACCUGAAGGUCCAUGAAGUCCAUUCGGUAACCUGUACAGUUUCCAAACUGCAUGGUCAUCAUCAGCCUGACAGACGCUCUGUUUCUUACUUUGUGGAUAAAGAGACAUGAGGUUUGAGAGGUUAUUUACUCUCAUAUUGACGCCACCGGGGUCCAUUCAACAACAAACACAUUCAGUUACAUUACAGCAUCAAUUGUUGAUCGAUGCUCGUCUUCCAUUACAGAAUCAGCUGAGGUUCAGGAAGUGUUUGUACUUUGCUUGUUCAUAGAUCAGACAGUAUUAUAGACACACCUUUAUAUGAUACAGUCCCAUACAAAUUUGUUGCUGGCCUGUAUCGGAUUGCGUCUGACCAUAGUGUGUUCCUGUCUUUCAUUCAACCCCUGCUUUCCUUCUGUUUGCAUGAAGAAAAUCUGAUGCCCGUAUUUAAUUAGAGUGUGCAGAUCUUACUAUGUGGAAACUGAUAUCAAUCUUCUCAUUUGACUGCAGGUAAGAUGAAAACCCAGCAAAUUUAAAAUUAACUGAAGUGAAGAAUGAAACACUUCCUGAAAUGAGGCUGAGACUCUAGCAGACAUGUCUGUAUUUGUGUCAUAUGGGAAACAUGGUUGUAAUCAGAAAAUACAGGAAUCCUGUCACGUUGAGAGAAUAGACUUAUAUCUAUAAAACCAACUUGAUGAACAAUUUUCAUCCUCGUGCACAGAAAACCUUUAACAUGGCGCCCUAAUGUCUGAUUAUCCCUUACGACAUGAAUGCAGCAUCAAGACAUUGAAGCUAUAGUCAUGCUGAAUGUCAUCAAAACUCAUCAGUACAAUAUAUUAAAUGGUGUAUUUGUAAAUAUUGACCUGUAAUGUGAGAGACCCCGGCAAAGUAAAUGGACCAAUAAAAACAUACGACGGUAUCCUCUCUGGGAUCCCCCCCGACACUGAACCACAGUUGGUUCAUUCCUCCAUGCACACUGUGAAGAUUCUAUUUAUUCAGACAAACUAUGUUAAAUAUUGACAUUUAAGCUCAGACAUCUGCAUCAGACAACGCAGAAGUCUUUUCUUUUUCUUUAGAUUUUUUUAUUAAUAAUACAUUUUCUCACAAUCACAUCUGAUUUUACUGCCACUGCUUUUGUUUCACCGUACUUGACAUUGGGUAAAAAACCCAGUACAAGGGUGACAGUGUUUCCCCAGCUGAAAUGAAGAAGCACAUUCUGGGUGACGACCCUCUCUGACGGUGAUAGUUAAAGGACCAUUCCAGUGUUUUUGCAUAUGUUGUGUGUAACAGUUUUGAAUGUGUUUUUCUACCUUUCCAGGCAGCUCUUGUUUUCAUUUCACUGUAGUAUAAAAAUCAACUUAGAGACAUCUGCUUUUCUGCUGUCAAAAUUAGAAGCAGCCAUGAUGUUCAUUGUUUUGAGCUGCCAAACUUAAGUGACUUUAAAGUCUCACCACAAGGUCCGUUCAGUAGCUGUUCUGGAGCUUUCAGUCAUAUCAUAUGGUCUUCAUCAGUAAACAGAGGUUUCCCAGUCGUCAAAGAAUUGUCGAUGUUCAAUUUUCAAUGUUUUUUCUGAGCACUUUAAGGACUUCUCGUCCAUGUUGGUUUAAGAGCUGUGCAUUACAUUCAUUCUUGGCCUCAGUGAAAGCAGUUCAGACAACAGUCUCACCAUAAGGUCACUUUAGUAGCUGGUCUGGAGCUCUCAGUCAUGAUCUUCAUGAGCAGAUAAGCUUAUGGUGAGAUUGUUUUCUGGACAUGAGCUGGAGUAACUGAAUGAAUAAAUGUAAAAACACUGGUAUGGUCCUUUAGGUUGUGUUUUGUUUACAUGUUUGAAAUAAUGAAAAAAUAUAGAAUAUUUAUUUAACUAUUUAUUUUUGAACUUGCAUUUUUACAUAAUUGUUCAGACCUUAUUGUUUGUUUGUCCUGCAUCAAUAAUCACAUGACCUUUGUCCAUCAUUACCACUGUAACCUUACAAAAUGAAUGGGCAUUCAUGAGAAUAUCGACUCUUGUUUCUCAGCAUCUGACAGAGGAAACUUCAGAAGUGUUUUUUUUUUGUUGUUGUUACAACACUGACAUCAGCUGGCCAUCAGCAAACCACAGAAACUGCAACUUAUUAAAACAUUGUCUGUUUAGUUGAUUUUUUAUGUGACGAUAUACAGACCAGGGCUCAGUUCAUUUCACUUUCAACUCAGUUUGUCCAGAAUUGCAGGAAAAGAAGAUGGUUGCACCUGUACCCUGUAUGUCCUAAACUGAAACAGUAGAUGUGUUGCAGUUUGUGUUAUGAGCUGAGUUGAAAGUGAUUGGAUGUCACCCUUGUGACUUAUCAUUUAAUGAUGUCUGUCUUGCCAUUUUUGAAGUAAAAUAUAUAACAAUUAUAACGAUACCAAUAUUUAUUUAUAUUUAUAUCAUUUCUGUUAUGUAUGUUAUGGAACAGUAAAAUUAUGAUUGUGAGAUAAA